AUGGCGGCGCCCAGCGAGGGCCGACCGGGCCGGAGCGCUUCGCCGUUUCCAGGCACCGACAACGGCCCCUUCGCUUUCCCCUUCUCCAUCCCGCACGGCGCCGCGGGCUCCGGGGCGGAGGAGCCGUCCAAGAAGCCGUGCCGAGCCUGCACGGAUUUCAAGAGCUGGCUCCGUGAGCAGAGGAAGCAGGCGGCCCCUGGCUACGCGGCGGUUGUGGAGGACAAAGAGCCACCACCGGACUGUCCCCUCGACAGCGAGCAACUGGGCCGCAGCACCUGGGCGUUCCUGCACACCAUGGCUGCGUACUACCCCGACCGCCCCACCGGCGCCCAGCAGAAGGAGAUGAGGGAGUUCAUCAACCUCUUCUCCAAGUUUUACCCCUGCGAGCACUGCGCCGAGGAUCUGAGGGAAAGAUUGCGUGCAAAUCAGCCCGAUACUAGCAGCAGAAAUAACUUCUCCCAGUGGUUGUGUCUUCUUCAUAAUGAAGUGAACAGGAAACUGGGGAAAUCUGAAUUUGACUGCUCCCGGGUGGAUGAGCGCUGGCGAGAUGGUUGGAAAGAUGGCAGUUGUGAUUAA